CAUGUAGCAUAAUUUCCCCGUAGGUUGAUAGUCGUGCUACUCUUCUACAUGAGCAAAAUACUCUCAUUAGCAGCCAUGGCCAAGAAUUGGCCGCUUCUUUUCCUCCCAACUCUGACGCGCUUCGAUCUCUUUCCCCUACCUUCAGGACCAACCAACACUUGAUAGUGAGGCUGCGGCUAGAAAUGUUGGUUACAACCACAUAAAUUUAUCAAAGCCUGCUAUAUAAAUUACUCCGGAACUACUCAAAAAGACGACACGAGUAACGACCUUUAUUUCUCCACGGCGCACCUGGCUGAGAAGUUUUACACUUGAUCCGCUGCGUUGUUUGAGCUCGACGAGUUGUGAUCCAUCUUUAAAGAAAGAAUGUUUCGCGCCCCAUCCUUCGCUCCAAGGCUGGGGCUCAGCGCGAAAAACCUGCCGCCCAACGUUCUUCACAGCGAGUACGCAGUUCGGGGUGAAUUGGUCAUAAGAGCAGAGCAGAUUUCGAAACAGCUACUGCAACAAGAAGAGAAAAAUGCGCUGAACCAAACAAAUAGCUCUUUCCCUUUUGCCAAACUGAUUCCCUGCAACAUCGGGAAUCCGCAAGCAGUCGGAGCGAAGCCAUUAACCUUUCACCGGCAGGUGUUGUCCGUUCUUACCUCGCACCCGUCGGCAGAGAUGAUGGUCGGCCUCCAGCAGUUUCCGGACGACGCUUUGCAGCGCGGUUGGAAGUUCCGCUCGCUGAACCCCGGAGCGUACUCGCACAGCAAGGGCUAUCCCGCAGAAAAGUACAGGCAGGGCCAGGGGCAGGGCACACUUGUAAUGCAAAAAUUAAUAGAGAAACAGAUCUGUACUGGGCUACGACCCCAUAGCAUUCUGCUAAACACACGAGGCAAGAGCGAUUUUUUUGUGUAUCUUUUUUGCGUAGGCAAAUAUCAAUAUGUCCUGCCUGUCUUUGUCUGUGGCAUAAGGGGGUGCCGCUGUUCCGGCAGAUGGUCGCCGACUACAUUGACAGAAGAGAUGGCUAUCCUGUGCAAAAGUAUCGCACCCGUACUAGUUGUACUCAUCAUGUGUGACUGUGACAUCAAAGCAACGCCACGCUUAAUAAGCGAAAGCAGCAUUAGAAAUUCCAUGUUUGUUCCUUGUGAGAAGAAUGUAUAAUUGCAAUUUAGACAAUUUCUACUCAAAGUGCGACUGGGACUGCGAUACAUUUGCACUGCAUAAACGCCUAGAUUUGAACAAAGAAGCGAACAGGACAAACACCGAGCACCUCUACUUGACCGACGGUGCCUCGCCCGCAGUGAAGACGGCGAUCGAGCUGAUGGUAAAAGACGAGAACGAUGUGUUGUUGAUCCCGAUACCACAAUACCCACUGUAUUCCGCCACGAUCGCCAGAACGGGGGGCAGUUUUGUCGGGUACGAAAUGACAGAGGACUAUGAUAGCGACAAACCUUCCUGGGGAUUAGACUUGCAAAAUAUCGUCUUACAAAAGCCGCGUCUCAUUGUGAGGACUGUGGCGACUUCAAUAUGUGCUGGAUGAAUUCGAAUUGCGCGCGUAAUUCACAGGUUCCGCUGCACGCGACAAAGAAAUGAAUCUGCCGUGCGUUCUCUCAAAGCUUGCAGGGAUGAAACCUACACGGCUAAAUGAAAGAACAAUGAUCAAACAUACACAGCUAAAUGAAAGAACCAUGGUGGUUACAACUCGUGCACCUAGAACAGCAAGACAGCCACUUCGUGUAGUGUCUGUCCUCGCGUCUGCCGCAUGACCAUCGCAAGGAACAACACGAUGAGCAGUCACUUGUUACAAUGAGGCGGUUUUUGAUUUUCCCCUGAUAAAAAACAUGGAGACCUUAAUCCAGCAGGAGCUGGACAAGAAGAAAUAUCAAAUGUAAAAAUGUCUGGGUCUGGAAACUUGUGAUGCUGGGUGGCGUCUCAUGAUGAGGCUACAAGUGCUGGCUCAGCAUGACAAGUUUCUGAGCUCCUAGGUGUUGCCUAUUCUGCAUGACAAACUGCGCCUCUGCAUCACAGAAAAGCGGAGCUCUUGGGUAACGUGCAUGACAGAUUUAAGAGUCAUGCCAGACAAGCAUGACAAACAUGAAUUCUUCCAGACCCAGACAUUUUUGCAUUUGAUAAGAAACGCGUGCGCGCCAUCGCGGUGAUAAAUCCGGGAAAUCCGACGGGCAACGUGCUGUCCAGAGAAAAUAUCGAAGCGGUGCUGAAGCUCGCCUACAAGUACGACCUGGUAGUUCUAGCGGACGAGGUUUACCAGGAGAAUGUGUACGUAUCAAAGGGAAAAAUCCCCCCUCCCCAUAGCCAUAUCGAAACGAAGUUUCUGAUGCUGGAUUUGCGUACACAAAUCAGGUCUGUCUUGCUGGAGAGGACUGAAGGCAUAUGCCAGGCAUGGGUCGAGAGGUUUUGACGUAGGGGACUAGCAUGACAGAUUUCGGCUCUGUAAGCCCAACAGCAUCGCAAACCGCCGGCAUAAUGCGGCGGACUCUCUGGCUUUGCCUUCUUGCAAGACCGACAGGAUUUGUGGCCUCAAAUCUGCAUCACAAAUUUUCAGACGAGUGCGUUUUCAAUAUGGGGAGGGGGGAUUUUUCUUCUCAAUAGUACGAGAACGUAACGGACAAGCCGUUCCUGUCGUUUCGCAAGGUGUUGCUGGAGUCGGAAGACACGCAGAUGAAGGAAGCAGUCCAGCUGUUCAGCUUCCACAGCAUCAGCAAAGGCUACUACGUAUCAAGUGCAAAAAUGUCUGGGUCUGGAAGAAUGCAUGUUUGUCAUGCUUGUCUGGCAUGACUCUUAAAUCUGUCAUGCACGUAACCCAAGAGCUCCAUCUUCCUGUGAUGCAGAAACGCAGUUUGUCAUGCAGAAUAGGCAACACCUAGAAGCUCAGAAACUUGUCAUGCUGAGCCAGCAUUUGUGGCCUCAUCAUGAGACGCCACCCAGCAUCACAAGUUUCCAGACCCAGACAUUUUUACAUUUGAUGCUACGGCGAGUGCGGGCUCCGCGGGGGCUACAUGCACCUGACCAACAUCCCCGAGGACGUGCUAUGAGAGUGCACAGCUCCCCCUGGCUCCCCCUCAUUUGUAUAAUUGCAUGAACAGCAAUACAAACACCCGCACACGUGGACGACCCUGUGCAUGACAAAUUCAUGCGCCUACUUAGUGUAAGUAGUACUGCUUGGGAUUCCGGAAUCUGCCAUGCAAACAGUGCCAAAGGGAAGCGCUUGGAUUUGGAGUUCUGCAUGACAAAUGAGGAGGAGCGGGAGUUGUGCACUCUCAUACGUGCACGCGCAGAUUUACAAGCUGUGCUCCAUGUUCCUCUGCUCAAACACCAUCGGCCAAGGGAUGAUCGCAAGUAAGUACUUGUUGGUCCUUCUGCGUUUCCUCGUAUUUAAAUUAACGUUGGUUGUUAGUCUUAGUUCAUCUGCAUGCUCUUCUACAUAGUAAAAACGGAAAACCAAAACAUCAAUGCUCUAACCAAAAGAACUUUAGCUAUCUUAAUACCGCACCAGCGGGAGUGCGACGUCCGGUCCUUAUUCGAUGCUCGUCCUAGCAGUAUGGGGCGUCUGCAUCAGAACCUUCGUACUAGUAUGGUACAAAUUUCUUGGUGACCGCCAGCCUUAUGAUUUAAUGUAGUGAUGCUGCAGGACCGAUAAUUAUACGAUUGUGUUUAUCAUGAUUUAAAAAUUCAGGUGUCCUGAAUCCGCCAAAUCCCAGCGACCCGAGUUUUGAGCUUUUCGACAAGGAAAAAAGUACGACGAUGAGCCAGCUGAAGCGGAAAGCGAAGAUUGUGCACGAAAGGCUAAACCAGAUGCAAGGCAUGAACUGCAUGCCGAUCGAGGGGGCGAUGUACGCCUUUCCGAAAGUGGAUUUACCGGAAAAAUUCUGCGCCGAGGCGGAAAAAAUGGGGAAGCAACCCGACACGUGGUAUAAUUCGAAUAUGUUGUCGUGGUCCUCGAAGAUGUUGUUGUCUUCUACAUCUACUCUUCAAUCCCGUACUAUCAUGAUGAUGCUCCUAAACAUGUAAUUUUAUACGAGCGGUGUUGUUGUGCAUGAUGUUGAGUGGCUGUGCUCGUCCUCCUCCCGGAACAAGAUCCCUGAACAAAGCACGGAUCAUGUCUUUCCAUUUUGAUGUAAGUAUGCAAGAAAUAUGAAAUUAUCACUCAGGUAUUGCAUCCAACUUUUAGAGCAGCUUGGGCUGAUCACCGUACCCGGUAACGGCUUUGGCCAGAAAGCAAACACCUACCACUAUGCAGUGCAAGAGUAUCGUACUAGUGUAAAUCGCAUGACAAAUUUCCUCACUCUAAGCAAUGCAAUUAUACGGAUUUGACUUGAGAACGAAUUUUGCAUAUGUAUGAACGCAAUUAGCACGAGCGCGAUCAUAUUGUUGCAAUGCAUAACCACUUCCGCACGACAAUCUUGCCUCCGGAGGAAGAAUUGGUGCCCAUGUUAGACAGGCUGGAACGGUUUCAGGAGGAGUUGCAUGAGAAAUACAAGUGAAAUCUGAGUCCGAUGAAGAUAAAUUGAAUAUAUGAAGAUCGUGAAGUGCAAGUAGCAAGUGCUGUCGCUCUUCUAGCAGCUCCUCCUUGUGGUGCGAAAGGAAAAUUGUAGUAAGAGCUGCGAUUCUUGGCGGACAAAGGCGUCGACCGUUGUACCAAAAGCACUUAUAGCGUUUCCGUUUCGGACGAAUUCUUUGUCCAUGGAUGAUUUUUGUAGUUUCAUCUGGUGGAAGUUUUUACAAGGGAUAUUUUCGGUCCCUGUUGUACAGAAGUCACAACGAAGGCCGCAGGGCGGGGAAAAAUUAUGAUAGUGAACAAACUCGGAUGAAAAUUAUGGCUAUGGCUAUGGGCGGGAAGAAAUAUAAAAGCGGAUGUUGAAAAUUAU